AGGUGUAAAUGAAAACUGUUUAGAAGACAAGUGCGCGUGCCCCUCCUUUUGAGGAAGACUGUCAUGUGACAACACAGAGGGCUCUUGAGGAGACACAGAAAAAGGGGGACAGACGCUCACAGACUUUAGCACACAGAGAAGUCCUGGUGAGACCAUGAGACAAGACUUUGAGAUUUUGAUUCUGUGCUGAAGUUAUAUGGACAGCAAUUCACAAACUCCUAAAACGAACGAAUGAAAGGCACUGCAUAGGCCUAACUUGCUCAAAACUUUUUACACGAAUAGAUUUUAACUGAAUGUCAACUGAAUUAUUAAGAUGUCUGCCUUUUCACUUCGGAUCAGUGUGAGACUUUCAACAAACUCGGAGUGUUCUGAAGAUAUUCAUCAUUGAACUCAAGGUAAUUCACUCGAGAAAAUGCCUCGUCCCGGAAGAAAUACGUAUAGCGAUCAGAAGCCGCCGUAUUCGUAUAUUUCGCUCACCGCUAUGGCCAUUCAAAGUUGCCCGGAGAAGAUGCUCCCGCUCAGCGAAAUUUACAAGUUCAUCAUGGACAGGUUUCCUUAUUAUCGGGAAAACACACAGCGCUGGCAGAACUCUCUUCGACACAACCUUUCCUUCAACGACUGCUUCAUCAAGAUCCCGCGGAGACCGGACCAGCCGGGCAAAGGCAGCUUCUGGGCUCUCCAUCCCAACUGCGGAGACAUGUUUGAAAACGGGAGCUUCCUGAGGCGCCGCAAGAGAUUCAAAGUGAUGAUCACCUCCGAGCACCUGCAAAAACACUCCGACGCGGCGCAGUACCUCCAGCAACAAACGAAACUCAGAAUGACCGCUUUAGGGACACAUCUACCUCAGAUGACCACCUACAACUUAAGCGUGUCUCAACCCUCCACUUUCAAACACCCAUUUGCCAUUGAAAACAUCAUUGCCAGAGAUUACAAAAUGCCAGGAAGCCAUGCUUUCUACAGCAUGCAGUCCAUGACAACGGGUUAUCAGAUACACAAUCAGUUGACCACGGCUUGGCCCCACAUGUAUAGCGGUAAUGUGAUAGAUGCUGAUUAUACUACUGCCUAUGGAGUACCACUCAAAUCCCUGAGUCAUGGCGCGCAAAGUUUUCCGGCGAUCCCUGUGCCAAUCAAACCCGCUCCAGCUUCGGUGGCGUCCAUCCCGGCGCUGCACGCGCACCUUCCAGCGUUCCUCUCCGGCUCUCCACAGUCCCUCAGCCCGACGUCUCCCGACCAGAGCAGCCCCGCCACACCGAGCCCGACCUCUCUGCUCCAGUCGGUCGCCGUGCGCUGUCAAGAGGUCACUUAAAACUUUCAGAGGCACUUCAAACUUUCCUUACACAUCCACCCUGAUUCACUGAGGCAAGACGAAAAAGAAAUUGCAGUAUAUAAACCAUCUUAUCCGAAACCUUUAAAAUGAUAGAAAGUGACUUUUUAAAAUUAAAUAUUCUGUUAAGUUUGCUUAUAGCUCAAUUUGUCUAUGGCAGAUCUGUCAUUAAUUUAGGCUACCUCAUAUACCUCAUAUCAAUGGUCAAGAAUCCUAUUGAAAAAUGCACAACGGACUAUGAUAUUGAAAACGUGAGAACAGGCAUAGGCUACAGAGUUUUGCAAAGUAACGUUCAUUAAGCAGAAUUACAAUACGAUUAUUCUUCAUGUAGAUCAUUUUACUUGAAACCUGAAAUUAUUUCGGUC